AUGAAGGUGCACCUUCGACCAGCGCUCAUCCUGGGCUUGGCCACCCUGGCUGUGCUCUUGCUCACCAUCAGCUGGUCAAAUCGACGAGCUCAGCGCCUGCAGGACUUUGCCUUUGCCAACAGUUGGGAUGGUGUUCGGUUCAUUGUCUUUGGUGACUUCGGGGCCGGUCAAGUUGGUGGCAAGGACCAUCACCAAGAAGAUGUAGCGCAUCUCCUCUCCAGUGUAGCAGCACACUUUCAGCCUCAGUUUAUUGCCACCACUGGCGAUAUCAUCUACGAUGAUGGGAUUCAGUCCAUUGCUGACAUGCAGCUCAAGACCAAGCACCGAGAUCUUUAUUCGGCCAAUUCCCUGCAGGUUCCAUGGCACAUCAUCCCUGGUAAUCAUGAUUGCCAUGGUUCGCUAGAUGCCAUGGUCGAGUAUGCUCAGCUGCCCGGAAACCACUGGGACAUGCCCGCUCGUUACUACGUUAAAACCAUCAGUUUUGGAGACAAAUCUGCACGUCUCAUCUAUCUAGAGUUUCAGCUCAUGCACCACAUGUUUUGGCACAUUGCGGUGUCCAUGACCAUGCCCCACCGCCCAGAUACGUGCUUGCUGGUCUGCGGGCAGAUGCGCAAUUUCCGUUGCGAAGAUUCGAUGCGCGCUAGUGUCAAUGCCAGUCUCCGGCAAGAUGAGUUGGCUUGGCUUCGCAAGGAGCUGACAGUGCCGGCUCAAUGGAAACUGGUUUUUGGGCAUUGGGGUAUCUUCUCCCACUUUGGCAAUGGGCCAACGCAAGAGUUGGUGGAUGAUCUGUUGCCCCUUCUGCGAGAAUUUGACGUCGAUGUCUAUUUUAACGGGCAUGACCACAGCCUGCAGCACAUGGUCUUGGCUACUGCCAACACAUCAAACUUAGCCGAGGCUCGGCCUCAUUUUAUCAUCUCGGGGGCGGGGGGCUACGAGCUGCAGCCCGAGCUCAAACCUGAAGCCCAGAAGCAGCUCAACGUUGGGUCAAAUCUCGUGUAUGGCGCAGCAACGCCCGGGUUUGUGCAGGCUGUGUUGACUGCGGAGCGCCUACGCCUUCGAUUCGUGGGCAUGGGUGAUCGCACCCUCCACACGGUUACCCUACAAGCUCGCCAUCCCAAGCAGGGCGAGCUUCGGUGA